GGGGGGAAACAUUUGCUGUGGAGUGACGUUUGAGAAGAAAGUCCCAGGCUGUUCUCUAUUUAUAAUCGACAUAUGUUGUGGAUAUUGUUAGAAAACGUUGAACUCAACGUGUGCAUGUCUGGUUUUGCUCUAUCUCAUCCAUUGCACCUAUGUUAUUGUAGUUUGAAACUAUGAACAAAUGUUUUUUUUCAUUCGUUUAUAUCUUUUUUUGCUCGGUUUCUGCCUUUCCAGGUGGCAUUCGGCCUUAUUAUUACUGUUAACAUAACAUCCCGUGGGCACUGUAAACAGUUUUACAGUAGUAUAAUAAAUAGACUGCUCAGUGCAGUGGAUGCCAGCAGGGAAGGACAAUAAGGUGUUAGUGUGGAAGCUGCAGUACAAUGACUUUAUGAGAUCAGAUCUUAAAGCUAAGAAACACCCCCAAAAAACAACAAAUGUGAGAACAAAAUGCCAUAAAGGACACAAGAAUGGAGGCUCAAAGGCAUUACAGUAGGUGCAAAAUGGUCAGGUUUGUUUAAGAGGAAAUAAGGUGGAAAAAGGAAGCUAUACAUCCUGUACAUAGGCUCAGUUAACAUGCUGAAUGCUCGGUCAGGGAGUGGAAGGAGCAAUAAUGCAGCUCUGAAUACUGGACCCAGAGCAUAAUAUUAGACCGACUCUGAGUCAUGAGAGAGUUGUUCGCCCCACACUCCUCCACCCCAGCUGUCUCUGUCCAUCCAUCCAUCCCUCUCCCCCACCUAAAAAUACACUCCUGCUCUCACUGAGGAAAAUCCCAGUGCCUUGACCUAGCUUCAAACACACACACACACACACACACACACACACACACACACACACACACACACACACACACACACACACACACACACACACACACACUCUCUCUCUCUCUCUCUCUCUCUCUCUCUCUCUCUCUCUCUCUCUCUCUCUCUCUCUCUCUCUCUCUCUCUCUCUCUCUCUCUCUCUCUCUCUCUCUCUCUCUCUCUUAGUGGAGUCUUUGGCCCUCUGCAUGGAAACUAUUCCUCUGCAGUUUACUGGAUGAAACGCACACUUUUCUGGAUGACGCAGCUGCAGCUCAGGAAAUGACUCCACUCAUAACUCCAAUUAACAAGUGAAUUUUAUGAAUUAAUUGAAUUAACAAGAUCUUGCAGGAUUUUCAGGCUUGUUCCUGCAGAGCUGAUUAAAGUGGCAAACAGAUAAGGUUGUUCCUGUCACAUAAACACUCAGGAUCAAAGUCUGCAGGUAUGACUGUUACCUCAGAGUGAGAUAAAAGAGAGAGAGAGAAAAAAAGACUUUGCAUACCGCUGCAUCACCAGUGGACACUCUUUGCAUAUCCUGUCUCACUCUGAAGGAAAGAGGGAGGGUGAGGUGACUCUAGAGGAAGCAGAACCAUAUUACAACAACCCCAAGGCUUGAGUAAGCUGCGCUGUUUCCCUGUGGAUUUGUGCCAAAGGAGAAAGAAGAGAGAGAAACAAGUUGUCAAUGAGAGCUCCUGCAGUUGUUUGGUUGGAACUCAAUCUUCAUAUCAGGCGUUUCUAGCCUGUGUGAAUGACAGAGAGGAGACAGGGAGUCUGUUCCUCUUUGCUGCUGGUUUUAAUCGCCUGAUCUCUUUACAGCUGGAACUUUUCGGUACAUUUUUGUGAUUCAGUUUGUUGCCAAUGAGCGCAAGUCGCAGCUUGUGUGCGGUUCAUCAUCCUCUUCAUCAUCACCAGAAGCAGCAGAAGAGGAAGAAGAAAACCUUAUAAGGAGCUGGAUUAUUGUCGCGCCGAGGAUUUAUUGCUCUCCUUUGUUUGUUAGGUUUUAUUCUACCAAGAAGAAGCCAUGACAUCGGUUUGGAAAAGACUGCAGCGAGUUGGUAAAAAGGCUUCAAAGUUUCAGUUCGUCGCGUCUUACCAGGAACUUGUUUUGGAGUGUACCAAGAAAUGGCAACCAGACAAGCUGAGGGUGGUGUGGACCAGGAGGAACAGACGCAUGUGUUCCAAGCUCCACAGUUGGCAGCCCGGGAUCAAGAACCCUUACAGGGGGAUGGUGAUGUGGCCCGUCCCAGAAAACAUCGACAUCUCUGUUACCCUCUUCAAGGAGGCCAAUGCUGAUGAGUUUGAGGACAAAGACUGGACAUUUGUCAUCGAGGGUGAGAACAAGGGCCACCGUAAGGUUCUGGCAUCGGCUGACAUCAACCUGAAGCGCUUCGCCAGUCCCACACCGACCCAGACCGACCUGACGCUGAAGCUGAAGCCGCUGUCUGUCAAAGUGGUGGAGGCCACGCUCAAGCUGUCGCUGUCGUGUGUCUUUGUUCGUGAGGGGAAAGCCACUGAUGAAGACAUGCAGAGUCUUGCCAGCCUGAUGAGCGUCAAACCCACAGAUAUCGGCAACUUGGACGACUUCAACGAAAGCGAUGAAGAGGAGGACAAGAAGUCAGUGACUGCUGCAGUUCCUCACACUCUAACUCGCCCAAAUCGUCCUGCUCCUCCUCCACCUGACAAGCGAAUCUCCUCUGGACCCACUUUUCCAUCCUCAGCCUGCGGUCGUGAUGGAGGUCCUCCCAGUCCCGCCGUCACCUCCCGCCCUCCUCUCCCGACUGCUCCUCGCCCCUCGCCCCGUCGCUCCCGGCAUCCCUUCUCCACCGCCCCCGUCCAAUCAGAGACACAGCCUUCUCCCGGCCCCUCCCCUCAGCCCUCACCCAGGUCCAAGCAUAAAAAAUCUGCCAUCCCUGUUGUCUCAGAGGCUUCUGCUGUGUCGGCUUCUCUAACUGAACCUCAGACCUCCCAGGUCAAAGCAGAUAUUCCCCCGAUCCAGACUGCCUCCUCUGAUGUGUCCCUUCUUCCUCAAUCUCCUACAUGCUCUGAAUCUACUGUAGUUUCUGCCCCAGUGGAGUCUACUUCAGUAAAACCCUUAGUUCCCUUACCCAAUUCUGAUAAAAGUCCUGCAAUUUCAAUCACAGCCUCCCCCACGCUGUCCUCUCAGGCUCCCAGUGCAACCGUCAUCCCAUCUUUAACUCCCAAACUUCCCUCCCCUUCACUGUCAUCACCUGCUCCUGUUUCAACAUCAUCUUCCACAACUCCCCAAAAGUCCUCUCUCACUGUGUCCACCGCUCCGACCCAGAAGCCCUCCUCCACUCCCUCCCAGCCUCUUCCUCCCAAAUCCUCCUCCUCCUCCUCCCAAAAGCCCACCCUGUCCUCUGCAUGUCCAUCUACUCCCCCUCCUCCCACCUGGACCGUCUCUCAGCCUCCCUCCCUGCCCAGAAUCUUCCAGGCAGGCUCAGCAAAAGCUCCUGCCUCAUACCAGCAGCGCCCCCCAGAGGUUCAAACUGGGGAUGAUUCUGCUUCAGCUUCUGGUCGCUCACAUGUUUUCAGACCUCAGGUUGUCAAGUCAAUCGCCCGGCCCACCUCUCCUUCACCUUUUUCCGCUGAUGCUCCUUCACUUGUGCCGACACCACCUCUUUCAAAAUCUCACCCCUCUAGCUCAGAAUCAGCACCUCAUCUCCCCUGUCCUUCCUCCUCCUCACCCUCUUCAGGUGCUCAGCGUUCCUGGUUGACAUGUGAAUGUGCUCCAGGUGGUGGCGACAUUAGCCCCAUCCCUCUGUUGACCAGUCCUGAUCUGGAUGCUCUCUGUGACCCAGUGGUUAUAACCCGCCCCGCCUCCCUCCCACGCUCCUCACCCCCUCACCCCUCUUCUCUUUCCACCUCUACCUUUUUCUCCUCCCCUCUCACCGUCACCCAUCCUUCUGCUCCUCCUGCUCAGAUCAGCUCCAGUCAGUCAGGCUCGGCGUUCCCACUUACUCAGGAGGACAAAGAAAAAACCUCGGCAGUAAAAGAAACAACUCCAAGCCAAGGCGAAGAUUCUCGUCAAAAGAACCAGACAUUGGCAAACAGCAAAACAUCCAACCAGCCAUUCAGACCAGAGAUAAAGACGGCCAUCACAGAAAACAAACCUGGACCAGGAAAGAUCAGUCUUGCCCAAUCCCGCUCAGAGCUGAUCAUAGCCCCGCCCCCUCCUUGGCCCUUCUCCUGCAGUGACAGCUCCACCCCUCAGCAGCCCUCCACCACUGUUGUUGCGGCGUUUAUCACCCCAAAACAGCCAAAUGUUCAGGGGCAAACUGAUCUGAAAAAGCCAACCCAUGAGAGAACCCCCUUUAAGACCGAAAAGCCGCCUCUGGCAAAGCCUGAGCCCGACUUUGAUGAUGCCAUCUUUGAGUCCCUUAACCAGAGACAAGAAUCGGGGGGCUUGUUUCUGGAAGAGGGUGACUCUAAGUGUGAUACUAUCAAAAGGUGUCCUCCAGGUCUUGAGCAGAAAACCGAUGAAAAGGCGUGUAAAGAAAAGCCAGAGCAGUUAGAUGGAGCAGCGAUGGCGAAGGAGAAACAGAGGGAGGCAGAAAAUCAAAGGAAGCAAGAGGAGGAAAGUAGGAGGAAAGAGGAAGACAAAAAAGCAAUGCUCCUAAAGAAAGAGCAGGAGGAAAAAAGAAAACACGAGGAAGAGAAGAAGAGAUUAUUAGAAGAGGAGAAGAAGAGAUUCUUACAAGAGGAGGAGGAGGUCAGGAAGGAGAAAGAAAGGAGGAAACGUGAAGAGGAGAGACUCCUGAAGGAGAAGAGAGAUAAGCAGGAGAAACUGAGGGAGGAAGAGGAGAAGAAGAAGAGGGAGGAGGAAGAGAGGAAGAAAAGGGAGCAGGAGAGGAGAGUACUGGAGGAGGAGAAGGAAAAACUCAGAAGAGAGGAAGAGAAAAGAGCUGAGAGAGAGAAGUUCAUGAGGAAGAUGAAGGAGGAGGAGGAGAGAAGGAUGGAGGAGAGGAGAGUGCUGGAGGAGCAACGAAAGAGGCGGGAGGAGGAGAAAAAGAAGCUCCAGGAGGAGGAAGAGAGGAGGAAGAUGGAGGAAAAACGUCUGAAAGAGGAGGAAGAGAGAAAGAAGAAGGAGGAGGAGAGAAAACGUCUACAGGAGGAGGAACGGAAGAAAAAUGAGGCAGAGAAAGAGAAGAAGAUGAGGGAGGAAGAGGAGGAGAGGAUGAAAGAAGAAGAAAGAAAAAAGAGGGCAGAUGAGGAGAGGAAGAAGAGAGAGGAGGAGGAGGAGAAGAAAAGAGUCACAGAAGCAGAAGAGAUAAGAAAGAGGGAAGAAAAGGAGAGACGACUCAAAGAGGAGAACGAGAGGAUGGAGAGGAGGAAAAAAGAAGAGGAGGAAAAGCGGAGGAGAGAGGAGGAGGAGAAAAGACGUGAAGAAGAGCAGAGGAGGAAAGAAAGGCUCUUAAAGGAGCAGAAAGAAAGGGAGGAGGAAGAGAGGAAGAAGAGAGUAGAAGAAGAAAAGAAGAUACGACUGCAAGAGGAGCUGAGAAGGAAGGAGGCAGAGGAGAAAAAGAAGAAGGCGGAAGAAGACAGAAAAAGGAGAGAGGAGGAAGAGAAGAGGCAGAAAGAGAAAGAGGAGAGGAAGCUGAGGGAGGAAGAAGAGAGGAAAAAAACUGAAGAUGAACAAAAGAAGAAGAAGCUGCUGCAGGAGAAGGAGGAGAUGGAGAGAAAGAAGAAGAAGGACGAGGAGGACAGGAGGAGUAAUUUAGAUAGAGCAGCUCCAGUCUGCAGCCUGGAGGCCAACAGGUCAGAUGAGGACAAGCAGAAGAUGAAAACGACUUCUUCAGUUUCUCCUCAGACUCGUCUUCCUGCUCCACACCUCCCUCCUCUGGCCAAAAGCAGCGUUACAUCCGAGCAGCUGCCCUCACAGAUCCUCAGCCGAUCACAGGACAGAGAGGCUCCACCAGUUCCUAAACCAAACUCCAAAGAGCGUCUGGCACAACCCUCUCUCAUAAAGGAAGGUUCAUUGUCAAACAUUGUUGUCCCAGAAAAGAUCAUUUCACCUGACAUCCAUUCAGGCCCCACUGUUCAGCCAUCUUUAGAGGCCUUGGCACCGGUGCCUCCCCCACAGAGGAUGUCUGAUGCCGAGAUUCCUCUGUGGAAAGUGCUAGAAGAGAAAAAUGGAAAAGAUACGCCUGAAAAACUCUCUGCCAAGGAGGGUGCAAAACCUUUGUGCAGAGGCUCACACAAAGAAGACACUGCUGAGCUGGACACCCCCGUUAGACAGGAGGGCCAACAAACAACAGCAAAACAUUCAGAAACUCAUCACAUCAUCCCACCCACCCCUCAACCCGGCUCACCAGCGGUUAAAGAGGAGCCCAAAGAGCCGGAGGGACCCGGUCUCAAACCAAUGACCUCACUCGAGGUUCCCUCCAAGACUCUUGUACUGGAGCCGCUGCUGCCCUCACAACCAGAACCAGAACUGCGGCCGGAACAACAUCUACAGCCUUCAGGAAAACCACAACAGGAGGUAGCAGAUGAGGUGAAACCGGCCGUCGUCGUGGAUGGUGGUCAGGAGAGUUUCGUCGACAAAAAGGAGCCAGUGUGUGAGGCGGAAAAGCAGCUGUGGGCAGCUGUGGAGGAGACCACAGCGGAGGCAGGAGGGACGGAAAGUAGCGGGAACAAGGAAGAGGAGGAAGAGGAGGGUGUAGUAGGGGGCGUCCAGAAACACACAGAUGUGUGUGUUGCAGAGCAGCGGGAGGAAACGCCUGCUGGCUUCAUGUCAGCAGUAGUUGGGGUGUUGUACAGAGGCUACGAGACAGUCGCCUCCAUCCUGCACACGACCGGAUCAACAGAUGCAGGUCAUCCGCAGCCCCCUGCAGACCAACCAUGUCUGCUUACAAAUAAUGAAGACCAGCCAUGUUUACAUGAAGUAGAUGCAGAGAUCCCGUGUUUCUCGGAAGCAGAUGAUGAUCCACUGAUUCCUAUUAGUGUGGACAUUUCGCCACCCACAGCCUUUUCAGACACAGCAGAAUCUCAAGAAAAGGUUUCUCAAAAGAAACCGGAGACUUUACCGUCAGACCAGGCACAUGGACUGAGUCUGGUGGCGAGUCUGAGACUAGCCGCUAGUGAACAGGAGAAAGAGAGAGAACUGGAGAUGGAGAGAAGAGAGAAAGAAAGGAUAGAAAGCAUCAAGAGGGCAGAGAGGGAGGAGAAAGAGAGAAAGGAGAGAGAGGAGGCAGAGAGGAAAGAGAGGGAAAGGCUGGAGAAGGAACAGGAAGAGGCAAGAAAGAGGUUGGAAAAGGAGAGAAAUGACAGAGAAGAGAUGGAGAGGAAGGAGAAAGAAAGGGUGGCGAGGGAACAAGAAGAGAGAAAGAGGUUGGAAAAGGAGAGAGAAGAGAUGCAGAGGAAGGAGAGGGAAGAGAUGGAGAGGAAGGAGAGAGAAAGGAUAGAGAAGGAAAAGGAAGCGAGAAAGAGGUUGGAAAAGGAGAGAGAAGAGAUAGAGAGGAAGAACAGAGAAAGGCUGGAGAAGGAACAAGAAGAGUCAAAAAUGAAGCUGGAAAAGGAGAGAAAAGAGAUGGAGAGGAAGGAGAGAGAAAGGAUAGAGAGGGAAAAGGAAGCAAGGAAGAAGCUGGAAAAGGAGAGCAAAGAGAGAGAAGCGAUGGAGAGGAAGGAGAGAGAAAGGCUGGAGAAGGAACAAGAAGAGACAAGAAAGAGGUUGGAAAAGGAGAGAAAAGAGAUGGAGAGGAAAGAGAGAGACGAGAUAGAGAGGAAGGAGAAAGAAAGGAUGGAGAGGGAAAAGGAAGAGAGGAAGAAACUGGAAAAGGAGAGAAAAGAGAUGGAGAGGAAGGAGAGAGAAAGGGUAGAAAGAGAAAAGGAAGAAAGAAAGAAACUGGAAAAAGUGAGAGAAGAGAUGGAGAGGAAGAACAGAGAAAGAUUUGAAAAGGAACAAGAAGAGGUAAUAAAGAAAUUGGAAAAAUUGAGAGUAGAGAUGGAGAGAAAGGAGAGAGAAGAGGCAGAGAGGAAAGAGAAAGAAUGGCUGGAGAGGGAACAGGAAGAGGCAAGGAAGAGGAUUAAAAUGGAGAGAGAAGAGAUGGAGAGGAAGGAGAGAGAAAAGGAAGGGAGAAAGAGGCUGGAAGAGGAGAGGGAAGAGAUGGAGAAAAGGCAGCGGGAGGAGAGAGAAAAGGCAGAUGCAGAAGCAAAGCUGAAGAGGGAAAGUGAGGAAAGAAAGAAAAGGGAGGAGGAAGAAAGGGAAGAGAGGAGAAAGAAGCAGGAGAAGAGCAGAGAAACCGGCAAAGAAGAGAGUCUUCACAGCCUCUUAAACAAUCAAUCAAACAACGGGCCACCACUGAGAGAGGCAGAAUUAGAUGAUAUUGCAUAUGAUGAAGGACUACAGGUUAAUGUUGAAGAAUCAGUCAGUAAAUCUGAUCCCAAACUACUGAAGACGGUGGCACCAAAUGCUAAAGCCAGUUUGGUUUCAGCCACAGCAGCUGAUUCUGUCCCUGCAGCCAAACCAAUAAACGUUACAUCUGAGGAGUCUGUCAGAGCUGCUAAGAAAGCCAUGGACAAUCCUGGUCUGAGAUCAGUGAAAAAAGGCGCAUCCCAUCUUAAACAUGCUGCCAUCCCAGUGUGGCUGAGAGAGGAGGAGGACGAGGAAGUAGAGUAUGAGAGAGGACAGGAGGAUCUGGGCUCCGUCUGGCUGGCUGAGCUGUACAUGGAGGGGGAAGCAGGCCCAGGACAACCAUCCCUUCCUGUAGUGGAAAAGCCCUCCUCACCCCCUUCCAGUGAACAAACUCUUUACCAGAGCUUUACCAGUCAGCCCAAUAAACCUCAGUCCUUAGCUAGUCAGACUGACCGUCCACAUCCUAACCUUCCCUCGGUGUCUGAAGCAGCCAGUCCAACAAUCAUGGACAAACCUGCUCUCCAACAUAAUGAGACACAAGGACAGCCAAUCAAAGGACAGAGACAUGAUGCUGCCACAAAAACUGAUCGCAGCCUGGAGGUAGCAGCCAAUGAGGAGGGAGUUCAGUCUUCGGUGGUGCCUUGGCCCCUCCCUCCAAGCACUACCAGCAUCCCCUCGGACACACAACACACUAAGACACACACAAACAUUAAUAAGAUACACAAAGACACAAAAAUAGCCACAGACUCACAUAAGAGUCCUGAAACGAGGGUCGAAAAAGACACAAAGUUCCCAAAGGCCUCCAGUUUAAAUGAGGACGACACAAAGACUGACAGUCCACAAAUGAACACGAGUCUCUUCAAAGACCAGCAGCUUCAAGAAGAGGAAAGAUUAUUAUUGGCUAGACUUCGCCUGAUGUCAGGUGAUAUUUCCCCAGUGUCUGGCCCUCGUAGUAUGAAGCGGCUGGUGCCCGCCCCCGGUGAUAUCGACUGUGAUACUAUGGAGCUCAGAAACCAUUCAGACUCCCUGACUGACCUUACUGAACACAGUCAGCGCUCGAUUAUUCCCUGCUUUGAUGCUCUGCAGGAAAUAUCGCUAAAUGAGACAGAAGAGGAGGAUGUGCUAAAACACCGACCAGCUGACGUCCCUGACGGUGGACAGAAGAAACCCACAGCCACACACAUCACUUCUUUACAUCACUGUGAGAUAAAGACAUCUCGUCUUCCUACGUUACCAGAAGAAGAAACCUCCAACCUCAAGACGCCUGAGCCUGUUCCAGUGGUCAGAGAGGAGGCCGAUGGGAAGGACGACACCACUGAGGGCCUGGUCAACUCCAGCCAGUCGCUGCUCCAUUGGUGUCAGAACAUCACCAGCGGGUAUCAGGGGGUGAAGGUCACAAACUUCAGCACUUCCUGGAGGAACGGCCUUGCCUUCUGCGCCAUCCUGCACCACUUCCACCCAGACAAAAUUAAUUUUGACAAGUUGGACUCUCAUGACAUCAAGCUCAACAACAAGAAGGCGUUCGAUGGUUUCGAGGCGCUGGGCAUCUCCCGGCUGUUGGAGCCGUCCGACAUGGUUCUUCUGUCCGUCCCUGACAGGCUCAUAGUCAUGACCUACCUCAGCCAGAUCCGCUCACACUUCACCAACCAGGAGCUGAGCGUGCUGCAGAUCGAGCACAACAGCAGUCAGUCCAGUUACGGCCUCGCCCUCUCUGGUCCUGCUCCCACCAACGUCGAUGCUGCUGCUUUCUGCAUGGCCAGACUGAACGAAGGAGUGAGUCUGGAAGAAGGGGGAAGCAGCACGCUGGUCGUCCCGCCUCCGAGAUCCAAACGACUGGGUAAAGUGGAUGAUCCAGUAACUCCAGUCCCGCCACCGAGGUCGGUUACCAAGGGGGCCAAAUCUGGAUCAGCUCAGGAUAAUGACACAGGGACUAUUUCAGCAACAGAAAACACUAAUAAUACAGAGCUAAAGAGUGCAGCAGAGAAUCCACUUCCUAAACAAGAGGAAGAAACGAUGUGUCUGCAGGACACCAGCCAGUAUGUGUUGAGUGAGCUGGCAGCGCUGGAGACUGAGCAGAAGCACAUCGACAGCAGAGCUGCAGUGGUGGAGAGACGACUGCGAAGCCUCAUGGAGACAGGAAGUGACCGUGAUGAGGAGGAGAGGCUGAUCCAGGAGUGGUUUACUCUGGUGAACAAGAAGAAUGCUCUGAUACGCAGACAGGACCACCUGGAACUGCUACAAGAGGAGCAGGACCUGGAGAGGAGAUUUGAACUUCUGACCAGAGAACUACGGGUCAUGAUGGCAAUAGAAGACUGGCAGAAGUCGUCCACUCAGCAGCAGAGGGAGCAGCUGCUCCUCCAAGAGCUGGUGUCUUUGGUCAACCAGCGGGACGAGAUCAUCCGAGACAUCGACGCCAAGGAGAGAGGUGCACUGGAGGAGGAUGAGCGUCUGGAGCGAGGUCUAGAGAUGAGGAGGAAAAAAUACAAUAACAAAGAGAAAUGUGUUCUCCAGUGAGGACAGAAGAGAAGCACAAACAGCUUUUACUGCAGAGCCACUGAGGUCCCAUAAGAGUAUUUUUUAAAAAAUCUUUUUAUAAGAUAAAAACAGAUCUCUGAAGACUUCAGCUCUCUGUAGUUUCCUGUUUUUAAAGUGCCCUUAUUUUGCCCGUAAACUGUUCCGAGUCUGAGGCUGCAAAGUGUGUUGUUUCAAUAUUUUCUGUCUGUCUUAAUGUAUUAGUAUUAUUUUAAUUCUUUUCAACAGUUUUUAUUUAUUUAAGUGAGGUGUCAGAUUGUUGUACAUCUAUUGCACAUAUAUUGUGUUUGUGUGUAUAUUCUUCUGUUAGUUCAGUAUUCAAACACUGGCUUGUCCUCCUUUUCUCUGGGGGGCCGCUGUGUGGGGUGUUUGGGUUCCUCCUCGUCAUAUAUAAGGCCAAAAUGUGCCUUGUAACUUUUAUGGGAAAUAGUUUACAGUUGCUUAAGCACAUCAAGGAAUUUGUUCUGUUUGUAUGUUUCCACCCUAAAAAAGAAAAGUCUGUUCACAUGUCUGUCAAAUAUGUGAAAAUUCAUGAGCUGGACUCAAACCCACGAUGUUGCUCGUGCAGUUUUCAGAUUCACAUUGAGCCUGAAAACAGGCUCAAGGAUGCUCAAAGUGGCAUCCAGUUCAAAGCAUUUAUUUUAAGUUUGACCCUUGAAUCCACCGCAGUCUGUGUGGAUGUCACAGCCACGUCUGCUUGGGUCACAGAAAUGAAAGUAUUUCCUCAUUUCUGUGCUGUUUGACUACUGUAUGCAUGCUUUUUGAAGUGUGCCGUUAAAGUGGUACUCUGCUUUAAGUUCCGACUGUGUCCUUAUUAUACACUGUGUGCCUGAUGUCACUGUUUAUAUUUAUGAGUUUAAGAUAUUGAUAAAAGAUGUUGAAAAAUUAUUAAUAAAUAUUAUAUCAGUUGCUUA